CAGGGAGAGCAGCGAAGGGAGAGAGGUGGGGAGCCCGGCUGACUUGCAAGAGACAGUCUAGAACCUGGCCCAGUUCUGCCAGUUAACCUCUCAGCCACAGUCUCCUGACCUGACCAGUGGACAUAACUACCGCCACUGGCCUGUUGUCAGGGUGAGUGGUGCUUCUGGCCCUGGGGGACUUAGGGCCCUUCAGAAUGUCCCCUUUGUCUGCCCCCCCUCUGGGUGACCAUGGAGAGAUAAUGGAGGUCAGGGGGACAGCACGUGGGGCUGUGGCUCCCUGAUAACCCAGGGCAGAGGCUGGGUCUGAGGGCUGUGCCCCAAAGGACACAUCCUUGGUGGGGUGAAGAGCAGGAAGCCAGCUUUUCUACUGCAAAGCUCCCAACCAUAAUGCCCUCUUCAGUUACCCUGUUUUGCCAGCUCUUACGUUUGUUGUCUCCUUAGCCUUUACUAAGCGAUUCCCAAGUCGCAGAUCACCUUUGGCAAUCCAUCCAGUGUUAUCUCAGUGGGGGCAGCGUGGACGUGGCGUGUGGGGCUGUCCUGUGGGUGGCAGGGCAUCUCACCUCUCUGGUCCCUGCUCGCCUCAUGUCAGGAGCACCCCCAGCAUCCACUAGAGUAGAUGUGUGGGGAAGACAGGGAUUUCGUCCCUUCACUGCUCUCCCCCUGGUGCCCGGACCAGUGCCCGGCACAUACAAGGCACAUACUCAAGCAGCAUUUCCAAACACUUCCAGAGGGUGCUACCACCCCAGUUGAGAACCCCUGUUCCAGUCACACCUUCGCCAUCGCUGAGGUGUGCUGGUCUCCCUGGGUCUAAACACUUUCCAUGAUCGCAAAUGGAGGACUGCCAAGGGCAAUCCAUUCUGAGGUAGCUCGUUAUCCAAAACAGCCACCCCCGUUCCCUCUGGUACCUUGGCCCACUGGUUAACAUAUCAUGAAGUCCGACACCCAAGAAUGGAGCAGAGUGCCCCCCAUGUGGCCUCACCUACAGAGGACAGUGGGCUCGUUGCCUCCCAGCCCUGAAGAGAUAAGGUAUUGACACUGCCCGAGAUUGUAUUUGCUUUUUUUUGGCAGCCAUACCAGUGUUUGUUGGUUUGUGGUCAGCUGAAACCCAAGGACUUUCCCUUUCAACCCUGUAUGGGUCAGUGCCUUCUAACCCAAAGUGUAAGACAUGAAAAAUUUAAAAGACAGCCAUAUCUUGUUAGUUCGGGCCCAUUUUUCCAGUCCAGAUGAUUUUGAGUCCCAAACUGCCAUUGCAGUGUGUUAGCUAUCUUCCCAUCCCAGCCUUGUCCCAGUUUUGCAUCCUUUGCAGAUUAAACUGGUCAGCCAUCUUCGUCCUUACUGUGUUGUAGAUUAAGGGACUGAAGAGGCCUGGCCUUUGGCUUAAUGGAGACCUCAGGCCAGGCAGAUAAUUAUCAGUACUUCUUGGGGUUGUUUAUCUGCCUUUACGUGGACCCGGAUUAACCCCGGUUCCUCCCUACAUUUCUCUGUCUUGUCCACGUGAAUAUCUUUAAGCCCAUCUGUUCAGUUGCCUUGCUGCUAUCCAGACUGACUGCAUUCCACUGAACUUCAAGGCUUUGCAGACUCUUUGGAGUGGGAGAUGCACUUAGCUGAGCAUGACUUGCUCUGGUGAACCUGUGCUAGUAGCUUCCAGUGCCCACCACUUCCUCUUUGAAUAUGCCAAACGUGCUGCUGUCUCCAAAGAAGAGUCAGCAAGAGUUCAGAUAGUAUCUGACGCUGCAGGACAGGGUGUGGCCAUCACAGGGAACCAGACCUUCAACAACUGGAACUGGCCCAACGCAAUGAUUUUUGCAGCCACGGUCAUUACCACCAUCGGCUAUGGCAACGUGGCCCCCAAGACCCCCGCCGGGCGCCUCUUCUGUGUCUUCUAUGGUCUCUUUGGGGUGCCGCUCUGUCUGACAUGGAUCAGUGCCCUGGGCAAGUUCUUCGGGGGACGUGCCAAGAGGCUGGGCCAGUUCCUCACCAAGAGAGGCGUGAGCCUGCGCAAGGCGCAGAUCACGUGCACGGCCAUCUUCAUCCUGUGGGGCGUGCUGGUCCACCUGGUGAUCCCACCCUUCGUGUUCAUGGUGACAGAGGAGUGGAACUACAUCGAGGGCCUCUACUACUCCUUCAUCACCAUCUCCACCAUCGGUUUCGGCGACUUCGUGGCCGGUGUGAACCCCAGCGCCAACUACCACGCCCUGUACCGCUACUUCGUGGAGCUCUGGAUCUACCUGGGGCUGGCCUGGCUCUCCCUCUUUGUCAACUGGAAGGUGAGCAUGUUUGUGGAGGUGCACAAGGCCAUUAAGAAGCGGCGGCGGCGCCGGAAGGAGUCCUUCGAGAGCUCCCCACACUCCAGGAAGGCCCUGCAGGUGGCAGGGGGUGCGGCGUCCAAGGACGUCAACAUCUUCAGUUUUCUGUCGAAAAAGGAGGAGACUUACAAUGAUCUCAUCAAGCAGAUCGGGAAGAAGGCGAUGAAGACGGGCGGCGGUGGGGAGCGGGCCCCAGGGCCGGGCCUGGGGCCCCAGGGGGGUGGGCUGACAGCCCUGCCCACCUCCCUGACCCCCUUGGUGGUCUACUCCAAGAACCGGGUGCCCAGCCUGGAAGAGGUGUCCCAGACGCUGAGGAGCAAAGGCCAUGUGUCUCGGCCACCCGGCGAGGAGGCCGGGGCGGGGCCCCCCGAGGAGGGCUCCCCGACCUCUGAGGUGCUCAUUAACCAGCUGGACCGCAUUAGCGAGGAGGGCGAGCCGUGGGACGCCCAGGACUACCACCCGCUCAUCUUCCAGAACGUCAGCAUCACCUUUGUGAACGAGGAGGCCGGCCUCUCGGACGAGGACACCUCCAAGUCCUCACUGGAGGACAACCUGGCUGGGGAGGAGAGGCCCCAGGAGGGGGCCCCGGCCGAGGUGCCCCUGAACCUGGGCGAGUUCCCCUCGUCGGAUGAGUCCAUCUUCACCAGCACUGAGUCAGAGCUCUCCGUGCCUUACGAACAGCUUAUGAACGAGUACAGCAAGGCAAACUGCCCCAAAGGCACGUGAGGUGGGGCCGGCUCCCCACCCCACCUUCCAUGGCUUCUCUUCUCCUCAACCUGGGGUGUCCUACUGUGGCUGGGACCCUGGCCCCUGGUGGGGUGUGGCCCUGGAACUGGGAGUAGGGGGCCAGGGGCCUUCCUCACCUUCAUCCCCUGCAGCUAGAUGCUACCGGUCAGACAUGGGACACCCAGGACCGGGCCUCUGUUCACCAGCGGAACAGGCGCCCUGGCAGCGGGAGGCAUCUGUCCUGAGCAUGGUUGGGGGAUCUGGUGGUUCACGGACGCGUGGGCUGGAAGGACUGAUCCCGGGGAGGCCUGCACCUGCGUGGGUCGUUGCUCAGUCAUUCGGUUAAGACUGUCUCACGGUUCUCUUAGGUUGGGGGCCUUGGCCGUUUGAGUUCACCAGUAUUAACAAGUUCCUGUGCGCCCAGCACUGAGCCAGAGAGAGGGUGAGGGCGGUGUAAGACCCUGGUGGGGUUGGGGGCUGGGCACUUCAGCGCCUCAGCAGUAGUGGGGCCCCGCCUGGGGCACGUGUUUAACCGUCCCCCAGUCCCACCUCGUCCGCCUGGCUGUCGCCCAUACUGCAGACCUCAGUAGGGAGGAGGCCAUCUGGGGAAGGGGAGCUAACAGGCAGGUGCUGAAACACUCCCGUUACGGGGGACUCAGAGCAAGUCCCAAGUGUGGCCCAGCAUCUCAGCCCUUGUGUGGACUUACUGGGAUGGAGCGCAGCCCAGAGUCCGGUUGCCUGUCCCAGACACCCUUUGGCCAAGCAAUGGCAGGCGUGGGCUUCUGCCUCCCAGGAAGUGGUGGCAGAAAGAGAGGCUGGGGCUCCUGGAGCUGGCAGCGGGGGAGCUGCAGGAGUGGGCUCAGCUCCGGCUGAACCUGCCUCCACCCUUCCGUCCCGUGACCUCACCGCUCCCCAGAUCACUCUUGGCUCACAAGUGGGGAAUGUCCAAAUAUGUGAAUCAGCCUCCUCCCUCCAGCUGCUGUUUGGUGUGUGUGUGUCUCUGUCCGUCUGUCUGUGUAAGAAAGAAAGGAUUUGCAAUGGGAGGAGCAAAAGAUAAUGUGAAACUGCAGAUGGACUGUUUCUGGUGAGGGGCUGGCAGAGUUCUUGGGUUCUUCGUGAGGUGCACCCUUGGGCCAGCCCACUCUGCCCUGCAUGUUGUGUUUUGUUAGUUUUUAAAUGAAUUGCUGUUUUCUUUUUUAUCUCGUUGGCUUCAGAGCCAGAGGGGAGAAAAGGUGCAAGAGUGGGGUCCCAAGGAUCGGGAUGUCCAAUGUUCACCCUCCUAUCCCCCAACCCAGUUGGGCCUUUCUCGGUGACCUCAGCCAAGGUCAUGGUGUCAGAGUUGGGGAGGGGCAUUGGUCGCAGGCGACUGGAUGCUGGGCAGGAGGUGCCACCCAGACACCCUCUCUGCCUCUCAACCCCCUCCCCAAUGCUGCAGGACCAAAGAGGGCCAGAACCUCACCCAUCCCCACUUAGCCUAUAACCCAGGGGUAUGAUGGCCCAGCAUCAGGGUGGGAAGGAGCGGCCUUCUGUUUUUCUGUGAAAUGUUUUAACGAGCUCGUCUUAGUUUUCCUGACCCCACUUGGCUGGGGUGUUGCUGGCUGUCCUGGAAUCACACACACUGUAUGUACAUACUGGCAAUGAUGUCAAAUGUAAUUUAUUUUAACAUUUUUACAAUAAAACAUGAGAUGGA